AUGUCCCUGGGCUUGCCUUUCAGCAAGGAGACCUUCAGCUCCAGCGAUGAUCUGGAACCCGCAACGCGUCUCUUGCCCGCGUCCUCUCGGACACCUCAGCAUAGUCUCGCCCGCCCCACAGAGGAUAUACAGGGCUUUCUGAAAAAGGAUCUGUGCGUCGACAGGCUCAAUUACAUUCACCAAUACCUAUGGCUGGCUGGCCGACCCAUGCCUCCCAAGCCCCUGAAUUAUCAGCUCGCUACGUCCCGACAGAUUGUCGUGGACCAGAGAAUUGAUAUGCACCUUGUGUGGGAGCAUUCUCAGCGCCUUCACAUAAAGCCUCUCCCAAGAUAUCUCCUCGAUGCGGACUUUUGGGCCUCACAUCUGAUGACCUGUGAAGGGUCAUGCUGCGCAGAUGCGCAACGCGACCGCGCCGUGUCGGACUCGACCACAAAAUGCACCAAGGAUGUCUAUAAGUGUGCUCUUGGAUUCCUAUGCUCCUAUAUCGCAUUGAUUCAGUUUGAAUGCGAUCUGGCGAUCGCUCUCGAUUGUAAUUUACUGCCAAAGGACAUGACCUGGGAACAAUGGCUUCAAUUUGUUCACCAACUCCUGGACAACGGUGUCUCCAAUCCUAGUAACAUCAACCCGCGUUAUUUAUAUGGCGAGUUGAGGCUAUCGCAGCUCAACAAAAUUUAUGCUUUCCGAUACGGAAGGGUUUUACGAGGGUAUCAGUUUACAUAUCAGACAUACGGCGAGCUUGCCCGCGAUUACCUCACACCGGUGACGGCGGCGACCAUUUAUGUCGCCCUGGUGUUGACGGCGAUGCAAGUCGGAUUGGCCACAAGUCAUCUGAGCAGCAACAUAUCUUUUCAGAACGCGUCACGGGGCUUCACUAUAUUUUCAAUCCUCGGGCCACUGAUUGGAAUCGCGCUAGUGGGCAUUAUUGGGAUCUUCCAGUUCUCUAUCAAUUUGUUCGAAACUAGGAGGUUCACACAAAAGCAGUUCCACCUAUUUAAGCAACGAAGAACCGAAAACGAAGCACCUUGA